CCCAUUCUUUGCUGACACCACGUGGGUAAAUAAAGCUGCGAAACUUGCGCUAUUUUAGUAUCAGCCUUGCCAUUGUUAUAUUAUGCUCGUUUUUUAAAAUAUAUAUAAAAUCAUAAUAAACAUUCCUCUUUCUAUUUUAUUUACGCCAGUUUAUUUCCAAUCCGCACACUAAAGAUGUCGGACGAAUUCUAUCGCAUUGACAUGCCAUACUCGAACGACGGCGACGCCAGCGACGACGGCGAGAAUGCCAACGAGGCAAACAUGCUGAGCAAUGCCGGGCUUAUUGAGGCCGUGAGAUCUGCAGCUGAGAUGCUUGCGGCUGAGGGCCUUGGGAGCAUGGUUGACAUUGACUCUAUGCAGCGCCAAAGGGCAUCCAAGCAUAACUCUCAGCCGCGUCUGGGCGGUGCCAAGACAUCGCACCGCAAGCACUCGGGACGUGCUAUUGCCACAGCUGGUGGGGAGGCGGGGUACUCGGAUGACGAGGGCGAGGACGAGGACAGCUUUAUGGAAGACGAUUACAGCGACACAUCCGACAUCGACACACCGUUGAUGCAGGGUCUUACCAACAACAUGCCGCAGCGGGCUGAUGUUACCCAUGGUUUGCGCAACGUGGGUGCGCGGCAAGUCAACUAUAACGAGGACUUGGCCUUUGGCGAUCUGGGCGGUCCCAGUGAAAGCAUUUUUAUACCCGAGGGGUUUAUUGACGAUGACGAGGACAGCAACUACGAGGGCAGCGACUUUUCAGUAUCCUCAGACGAUGCAGAGUUCCACAUGCACUCUAUCGAAGCGUCUGUGCGACAGGCUUCUGGAUUUGCCAAGCCGCUGACGAAAACCCAGCGUAAAAUGCAAAGAGAUAAGACUGAGGCAAAGGGCAAUGGAAAGACGGGGCGGAAUAAGCGCAACACCAGGAAGAAGGUGCGGCCAAAGACGCCCAAAUACAGCCCCGAGGUCCAGAGACUCCUGGGCAGCGCCAACCAGAGUUACGUUGAUCGCGAUCUGUUCCGGGCAUUCAAUAUUUUUUGCGACGUCAUUCGCUUGGACCCCAACUGUGCGCCGGCUUGGAACACUAUGGCGCUCAUUCGCGAGGAGGAAGGGAAGAGCAGUGAUGCACUUCAGUUGUACACGGUUUCCGCGCACCUUAAUCCCUCUGACAGCCCGCUGUGGGAGCGCCUGUACUCGAUGCAUAUUGCGGCGGCCAUUGCGCACGAAAAUACUGCUAAAUUAGGUAACCCCGUGGCCAAGUCGAUUUACAACGAGGGCAUUAAGCAGGCACUGUACUGUAUAAGUCACGUGACUAAAAAUGAGCCCAAGGACCGCAGUGCGUGGAUGCGCAUGCUGGAGAUUUUGGAGAAGCAAGAGGACUACAAGGGCAUGGCUCGGGCGUAUCGCGCGAUUCUGAAGGCCGAUCCGUACGAUAUGGAGAUCAUCCGCAUGGCCUCUGUGAUCUAUGCCAAGAAGAGAGACGACUUGGAGACACCGAUCAAGUGGUUCACCGAUGCAUUUGCAUUUUACAACAAACAGGCUGUUGAAGUCGCCGAGGAGGCCGUUGCGCAGGCUGACCGGAUCAACGAGCGCAAUAUGAGAAUGCUCAAUGAGGGCACCGUCAUUGACGACGAGGACAGGUUGGACGAUGACUACGAUCCAGAGUGGGCCGCGUACUUCCGCAGCAACCCCACAAAGACGGUGCCCAUGGAGGAGCUUGGCGGCUACAGCUACAAUGACCUCAAUAUGGUUGCCGAGCUGCGCAUCCUGCGGCACGAGUACGAGGCAGCCAUUGUCGAUAUCAAGCGUGGUGCCAGGUUCAUACAGAGUCGCGGCAGAGAACUCCAGUGGGAGGACCAGGAGCUGGACGACGAAAUGGACGGCGAGUACGCCAUUGGUCCUGAUAUCCCUCUCUCGACAGAGAACGCCCUGCCCGUUGAACUCCGUGUCAAGCUGGGCCAGUGCCGGAUGAUUCUAGGCCAUAACGAGACUGCGCAAAUGCACAUUGAUCCUUUGUUUUCGUUGGACGUUGUGGCAUACGAGGAUUUGUACACGGACAUUGCCGAGACGUAUGGCGAAGUCGGCAACAUGGAGAUGUCCCUGAGUACGUACCAGUACUUGUUGGACCGCGAGGCAACAAAUCAGCCAUCGUUGUGGGAGCGCAUGGCGAAGUGCUACAAGGAGAGCGGCGAUUUGGCCAGUGCGCGCGAGUUUGCCGAGGCCGUGGUCAACGCGGAUCCCAAUGACAUAGACAUGCGGAUGUGGCUCGGAGAGGUCUACGAGGAGCUGGGGCACGUUGACCUGGCGUACAGCAUGGUGCAGGCAGUUGAGGACAUCCAGAGGGAGGAGCGUAUCCAGCAGGAGGCCGCACAGGCGGCGGCAGCAGCAGCUGCAGCGACAAUGUCGGCCCAGCAGAUUGCGGCCAUGUCUAUAUCCAGCGGCAUGCACGGCCACGGCAACCAACCACUGUUGCCUGUAGAGAUCUGGGACACGCCGAGCAAUGUGGUUCAGCUCGAGCAACGCAAGCCCUCCGAGAACACGAUGCGGCGGCGACGCGAUGCCGAAGAUGAGUACAAGCGGUGCAUCAUGGCCAUGCGCGAUGCCGAGGUGGCGUUCAAAAAGCUUGAUCUGCUCAAGCCCCCGAUUGAAGAGAGCAGGGAUGCCCGGGCGAUCAAGGAGUACUGUGUGACGGCGCAGCGGCUGUUAAACGACUGGCGGCACAUGCGGGCGUUCUUUCCGGCAGAUCGUAACCGGCCCUUUGUCACGUACCGCAAUGCCGUCAUGUCUAAUAUUGAGAACGGCGUGCAGGAUGGCGACGCGGAUACGCGCGGUGCAGCUGGUGGCCAGACAGCGUUGCAGAGGCGGCUGGCACGCAUGAAAAAACGGCUGUCGAAGCAGCAGCAGAAGAAGAACGGCGGAUUAUUGGCGGCAGCGGGGGAUACCAAUGAGGACAUAGAUGCUGAUGCGGAAGACAGGGCGGACAUCAACGUGUCGACGACAUUCCGCGGGCAGCCCUUCGAGCGGUGGUUUGACAUGUUCUUAAUGUACGGCAAGUGCCUGGCGCUCGACGGUGAGCCCGAGGACGCCCUGGACAUGUUUGAUCUGGUAUUCCAGUCCAACGUUUUUCUUGGGCAAGAGGACAAGAAGCGCAUAUUUCGUCUGGUCAUGCUCUCCAUUGCCAUCCACGCGGGCAUCCACGAGAGAACGUACGAAAUUGUGCGCUGGUGGUGCGGCAAUCAACCGAACAAGGCUAUCACCUACAAGCUCAUGGCAUAUGCAAUGGUGGGGUCGGCCGGCGCCACGGUCACGCUGACAUCGGCCAAUAUGUACAAGUAUGUGCGCCGCCAGCUCAUCGACUUGGACGAGAUAUACUAUUCGAAAUCCAGCAUGAUUGACCUGCCGGUUGCCGAGAACCUCCCACUGCUCGAGGACAUGGCUAAUAAUAGCCAACAGGUCAUUGCCACAGUGAGCAAGAUCCGGUCGGCAGACAAGAUCCUGACCCGAUGUGAUUUCUCCGCACUGCAUUCGACGGCCGCACACAUGAUGUUGGUGGCGCGCACGGGCGAGACAUCUAUCAUGCAGUACACGUUGGCCCUGGCCAUGAUGCCUCAGGACGCCUCCGUGGCAUUGCACUUGGGCGUCGCCUACCUUGUGCACACUACAAAACGGCAUACGCGUGAUCCUCAGGCUAUGGCGAUACGCGGCUUGGCCUUUAUUCAGCGGUAUGCCGAACUCCAGUAUGUUACCGAGAUGAAGGCUAUGGGCAAGUAUACCGAGCACAGCGGGAUGCGCAGCGGCGUUGGGUGCGAUGUUAUGGUAACGCAGGAGAUUGCGUACAACUAUGCGCGGGCGUUCCAUUUCUUGGGUGUGCUGGAUUUGGCCAUGGAGUGUUAUACAAAGGUGUUUUCCUUGCCUGUGUCGCGACUGGCUGCUGGUGCGGGACAUGGUGGCGAUGCCGAUUUCAUGUGUGAUUUGCGCAGAGAGGCAGCGUACAAUCUGGCGACAAUAUAUACUGCGUCUGGAGCUGUUGUUAAGGCCAGGGAGCUACUGAGAGAGCACUGCACUAUAUGAGCGCAAUUUUUUUUGCUUGUUUUGCUCAUUAUUUUAUUAUUUGAAUGUUAUUUACACCAAAGAAAAUAAUGAGACUACAAGUAUCCUGCAAAUCAACAUCCUUCCCCUAUAUAGAUUGGCUAGCGGCCUGGCAGAUGUUUAGAAACUAGUGGCAAUAGACCACUAUGGUUGCAGCUAUUAAUC